UCACACCCAUUGCAAAUUAGGGUUUAUCAGCUUAUCUUCUCCCCACCUCCUCCCUAAACUCUGAAUAGCAGAGGUUAAAGUGACGGCGCCACCGCUGUCCGCCUUGGCUUAGCACMAUCAACGCUCUGUCUUGGCCCUCGGUUUUGAUUACCAUCAUCUCUUCCGUUCAUUUAUAGGGUUUUUUUGGUUGUUUCUGUUGUAAUCUUUUUCAACACUACAUAACAGUUUUAUAGCAGCAAUGGGGAAGGUUUCGAAGGCUGACAAGAAGAUAGCUUACRAUCAGAAACUAUGCCAACUUCUCGAUGACUACACGCAGAUCCUUGUGGCGGUGGCUGAUAAUGUCGGUUCCAACCAGCUUCAGAACAUUCGACAUGGUCUUCGAGGCGAUUCUGUUAUCCUUAUGGGCAAAAAUACUAUGAUGAAACGAUCUGUCAGGAUGCACUCUGAGAAGACUGGAAACAAGKCCUUUUUGAAUCUCAUCCCUCUUCUUGUUGGAAAUGUUGGUUUGAUCUUUACCAAGGGUGACUUGAAGGAGGUUCGUGAGGAAGUUGCCAAGUACAAGGUGAAGUUCUUACUUGUUAUUAUUCAGUUGUCAGCAAGAUUUAAUUGAUUUUGAACAAAUAUUGGUCUGGAUUUUUGAUGUACAUUGCAGGAUGAAGUAUUGGGGAAAAAGUUUAAAUCUU